AGGGCAAGGGUGAACAUGGCGAUCUGAUUUCAGGGGCCAGGAAGACAAAAUGGUUGAAACUAGCAGAGAGAAGGUGAGAAACAAAGCAGCAAAUCAAAAUACUCCGAGCUCCACACCCAAGGCAAAAGGAGCAGUGAAUUCAGCGCAGAAGAAGAAGUCGGCGAAGAAGAUUGUCGAUCACGACAAAGAGCAUGUGAAAGAGACAGAUCAGGCUGUUGACGCCUUUGCCGACGUCUCCCAACAACUGCGGGAGGAGGUGCUGACAGCUGAAGCGCCGGACCUGAUCGCCAUGCUCAGAGACUUUAAGAGCCAGAUAGCAGAAGUACGGACGCAACUGUCUGCAGACACUGAGAGGGUCAAGGAAGGGGCGCUGCCGACUAGCAACGGAGUCUCGUACCUGGAGCUGAAGCUGCAGCUGCUGCUCAGCUACUGCACGAACCUGUCCUUCUACCUGUUCCUGAAGCUCAACGGGAUGUCGAUCAUGAACCAUCCUGUCAUCAAGAAGCUCAUCGAGCUGAGGAUCUUCAUGGAGAAGAUGAGACCGAUGGACACUAAGCUGAAAUACCAGAUGGACAAGCUGCUCAAGAUCAACACUAACACGGAGUCGUCCACGGCGGAGCAGGAGAACGCG